CCUCGUCUCAGCUUGUGUAAUUUUGUUUUGUUCCUUUUUCCAGCAUCGGCAGAAAAAGCAUUUAGCGAUGCACCGUUUGACUUUUGCAUCAACCUAGCAGCUGAGACAAAAUAUGGACAAAGUGAAGAGGUAGUUAAACUUAAUUUUUAAGUUAGAUUUUUACACAAUAGCAAUUUGACGUUGACGUUCGCUCCGAUAGCGCUACCUUGCCUUAUCUUACCAUGUCUUACCAUACCUUGCCCUGUCCUGCCUUCCUCGUCUUACUUUAACCUUUACUAUGUAUAUAUAUUAUAUAAUGAACGAGAAAGCGUUUAUUGCCGGCGUAUAAAAUACCAAAAAAUGCGUUGAGAAACGAGCUUUUUAAAAACUUCGAGGUGUUAUAUACUGUACGCCAGUAACAAACAGCUUUCGAGUUUGUUAUAUUACUAUUUCAAACGGACUUGUAUUUAAAGAGAAAUCCGCUUUCUAAGAAAAGGUAUCAAUUUCCCGUGCGUAAUACAAAAUGAUUGAAAAAACGGCAAAUUUCGCAGGACUAUAUUAUCCGCAUUUUACAACAUUUCGCAACGAAACUUCGGAAUAUUACUAAUUUUGUGAUGCUCUUUCAAGCUGUGAUGAAAUCUUUGUCUAAACGUAUAGAUCAAAAUUUUGUUCAUUAGGGAAUAGGUCCAUUGGCUUUGAAUUUCGCUCAUGAAUUACUAAUGCGUUUGAUAAAUACCAUAUGCGUCCUAAAAAGAACGAAUGUCUGUGAUUAUUUAGGUAUAUAAAGAAGGUGUUGUAAAAGUGUCGUUAAACUGCGCAAGACAAGCGGCAAAAUCUGGUAUAAAGAGAUUCAUUGAGGUUUCCACAGGUCAAGUUUAUUCUGGCGAUAAG